GUGGUGGCUCUGCUGGUUCUGGUGCUGGUGGUGGAGGCGGCGGGGCCAGUGAGGCCCCUGGUGGAGGCGGCGGGGCCAGUGAGACUCCUGGUGGAGGCAGAGGGGCCAGUGAGACCCCUGGUGGAGGCAGAGGAGCCAGUGAGGCCCCUGGUGGAGGCAGAGGGGCCAGUGAAACCCCUGGUGGAGGCAGCGGGGCCAGUGAGGCCCCUGGUGGAGGCGGCAGGGCCACUGGGGCCGGUGGCCCCGGGCUGGAUGCUGAGAAGUCUUUAGACGGUCACAGCGUGAUCGGAGGCUCCAUCAACAACCACCAGCUGAAGACGCUGCAGGCCGAACUGUCCGAGGUCAUCCUCACCUUCAGCUCCAUCAACGACACGCUGAAGGGUCUCGAACACACGGUGCAGAAGCACGGCAGCGUCAUCACCGACCUCGGCAACACCAAGGAUAAAAUCAUCUCUGAGCUGGAUAAGAUCCAGCAGGAGGUGACGGAGCACACGGAGGAGAGCCGGGACCGCCUGGACGGGCUGCACCGAGACGUCCGGCGGUUCGAGACCAUGCUGCUCCUGGAGACCGCUGACUGCAAGAGGUCCAGCGACGGGCUGGAAAAGAGACUCACCAAGAUGGAGGACGUCUGUGGGAGGCUGGACGGGGUGUCGGAGUCCAUCAGCAAGAUCAGAGACGGACUGAACCGACACAUGUCUAGUUUGUGGACGUGUGUUUCGGGUCUGAACGACUCUGUGAUCCAUCACGGCGGAGUCCUGGACGUGGUUCAGAGGAACCAGGACGACUUCCAGAGCCGAAUGAAGAACCUGAACUCCAGCAUGAACCAGGCACUGAACAAGCUGCAGAGUUUCUCUGAGCAUGAUCCUACCGGCCUGCCUGGAGGCCAGGGCCCCCCAGGAGAGAGAGGCUUCAAUGGGCUACCAGGACCACGUGGACCACCUGGACCUCCUGGACGAACUGGAGAGAGUGGAGCACGAGGUCCCAGAGGUGAAGCAGGUGUGCCUGGUGCUGAUGCUCAUGUACCCAAACUGUCGUUCUCGGCCGCCCUCACCGUCCCGAUGGAGCGAGCAGGGACCAUCAUCUUUGACAAGAUUUUCGUCAAUGAAGGAGACUUCUAUGAUCCCAGGACAGGCACCUUCACUGCCCCUGUAGACGGACACUACUUUUUCAGUGCCGUCCUGACAGGCUACAAGAAUGAGAAGAUUGAGGCAGUUUUGUCCAAGUCCAACUAUGGCAUGACCCGAGCAGACUCUGGCGGCUACCAGCCUGAAGGCCUGGAGAACAACCCCGUGGCCGAGGCCAAGACCCCCCCGGGUUCGCUGGCCGUCUUUAGCAUCAUUCUGCCUCUGCAGACCCGCGACACAGUCUGCAUCGACUUGGUGAUGGGCAAACUGGCCCACUCUGUGGAGCCACUCACCAUGUUUAACGGGAUGCUACUCUAUGAGGACAUGUGACCGGACAACCUGAACCUCAUGAUAUAUGACAGACCCAGAAGAGGCGGAACCACAAAGAACCUGGACCCAAUAAUCUGAGACAAACCCAGAGGAGGCAAAGAACCAUCAUCAGACUACUGAUGACAGAAUGAUUUAUGGACGCUUCAGUACUAAACAGAUGUUUUUAUUCCACAGUCACUCCACUCCAGGAGCUGAUGGCAGCAGCGCCUCCCAGAGGCUGCAGGGUUCAUUACAGCCUCAACAUGCUGAUAAUGUACCAUGCAGUCUGUCCUGAUGGGGAGGGGGACUAGAGGAACACUCACAGGCUCAUUUAACCAAAGUGCUGCACAGACUUUAGCCCCGUCCCUGACAGGUCAGGUGUUGUCAUGGCAACUUGUGACCAUGUGACUUUAAAUAUGAUGAAAGCUUUGUAAAAGCAGAAUGUGUAGCUGAGAGAAAUGAAACCUUUUUAUUUUCCACCUGACACGAGUUCACAUUGUGAAUGUUAUUUUAUUGGUGUUUUUAAUCUUUUGUCACAAAUAUUAAAAAGGACAACGCUGGAAAUGUUUUAUAUUUUCUUAGUGUCAACAAAUCCCUUCAAAUACCAGAAUGAACAAAUAGAGAUGUGAAAGUAGAAAUACUGCUGUGAGGCUUCUGCUUCCAUUUAUUAGCUUUUGAUAUAAAUCUGAAUCAGAGGGGAGGUAGAGCGGGAUGAGGAACCCUAACCCUCCUGAUGAGCAGGUCUGGGUUUGGGUCUGGUAUAUAAACCUGUGUGUGUUUCACAUUAAUGAAAUCCAUUUAGCAUAAAUGUAAUGGAAGAAAAAAAGACGGUAUUGCUCUUCAAGAUGAAACACUGAGCGUCUCCUUCCUGAUGUUUGAUGUUUAAUCAGUAAUAAAAGCUCAUAUUCUGUUUUAAUAGCUUCAGUGAGGAAGAACAUCAACUCUGGGACUGAAAAGAGCCUUCAGAUUACUUUUGUUGUGAUUUGGCGUUUUAUAAAUAAAGAUUGAUUGACAUUAAGAAAAUAUAGAAUAUCACAUGUUAAGCAAAUAACAACUAAGCUUACACACACACACAGACACACUUACACACACAGACACACUUACACACACAGACACACACAGACAUGUAUGACAUCAUAACAGCCUGCAUGUAUUUUAACACCAUAUUAAAGCAGCCGUCCUUCAUGUAAACAAUUCUGUACAUUUCAGAGUUUUACUGAACAAUAAAAUAAUAAAAGUCAACGUCAA